UUUUAUUGUUUUAUAUAUAUAUAUAUAUAUAAAUUGAAGAAAUUUUGGUAAGACCACGAGCCUCUCAGAGCCUCUACCCCUCCGCCUCUCUCUCUCUGGUCAGCCACACUCCACCACCACCUUCAUCGUUUUCUCUCUCUCUGUUCCUCAGAGAGCACCGCAAUCAAGUAACAAUUGCAUAAUCUUACAUACAAGCCUUCCGUUCCGUGCUAAAUUUUCGCUAGAAACCAGAGCAAUGCCGGCACAGAAGCGCACCCCAGAGUCUGUGGAAGAUGAUCCUCUGCAGAACCACCAUGAAAACAGCCACGACCAUCCACAAGACGAAGAGGAGUCCGAUCGAAGCCUUUCCCCGAGUAACGAAGAGAAAGACGAAUAUAUCAUAGUGAAAUUGGCAGAAAUUCGGAAAGAAGUCCAAUGUCCUAUCUGUUUAGGGAUCAUUCGGAAAACAAGAACAGUGAUGGAAUGCCUGCAUCGCUUCUGCAGGGAAUGCAUCGACAAGUCCAUGCGCCUGGGGAACAAUGAAUGCCCUGCAUGCCGCACCCAUUGUGCUAGUCGUCGCUCUUUGAGAGAUGACCCAAACUACGAUGCCUUAAUUGCAGCCAUCUAUCCAGAUAUUGACAAGUAUGAGGAAGAGGAACUGGCUUUUCAUGAAGAGGAGAAGGCUCGCAAUAAGCAGAUCCAAGCUUCCAUUGCCCAGACAUUUCGACGACAAUCUGAGGCACUAGGAAGGAAACGAACAACAGCUAAAGCAACUGCAGCUGCAUUUAUGAGGAGAUCACAGGGUAGCUAUCGAAAUGCUCAUUUGAGGGGGAGAAGAAACUAUAGAAAUGUUGCUGAACAUCAAGGUUCCGAUGAUAACGAGGAUGCAAAUGGUAAUGAUGGAGGUAAAGACUCAACUUCUGGUGACGAGCGCACAGAACCAAGACCAAAGAGAUGCAAAAGAUGGGGAGGAGGUCGAUCAGGAUCUGCUAAUGCAGAUGGUGGUGAUGAAAAUGAUUAUGAAUUGAACAGAGAAAUUAUGGGUGCGUCUGCGGGGCUUGUUGGCAGCUCAGAAAGGCUUGCCUGGGGUAAAGGUGGCAUGCGGAGCCAUACGCGGUAUGGCAGUACAAGUGGUGGCAAUGGCAAAAAUGCCAGGAACAUCCGCCUCUCUAAGUUGGUGGAGUAUCUUCGGAACUCAGAAAACCACAAUGAUGAGUUGGACAUCCACCUCCUGCUUGUUUCUUUUGAUGAGCAAAGAAUACCCAGUUUGCAGCGGCCGUAUCUUUGCUGCAGGCCUACCCUGUCAGUUGGACAACUAUGUCACUAUGUAGCUCUCCGAACCGCACUGCAAGCUGAUGAAGUUGAAUUGUACUUGGUGAAAGAGCUGCAUGCCAAAUUCAGUCAUUCAACUGCCACAAAUGUCCUAAUUUCCAAGUCAGUUGUUUUAGACUCAACCAAAGAUAACCUGCAACUAUUAAGAGAACAAGAAACGUUGGCAGACCUUAGAACACACAAUCUCAUUCCCGGUCAUCUGCUUUUGGCAUAUCAGAAGAAAUGGAACUCAAGCUGAUGAUGAUGAUGACAAAUUGGAACAAGUGGUUCAAUUCAACUUCUUUCGUUCUUUUGUUCUUUUCACUAGAAUAUAUAGUGACCACUCUUAAUAAAGAGUGUCAGGUAGGUUUCAUAUUUAGAGCUGCGUUCUCUGGCAUAUGCUGCAUACAGCGAGCAAUUUAGAAGCAGAUGAAAAUUAUCAUGUCAUGUGUACGAGCUUGUUACAACUGUUACAUGUAUUUAUAGAAUAGAAUAUGAAUUUCCCUUUCUGUCUGGAAAAUAAUCUCUUUCA